AUGACCUCUCAAAUCUUUCCACGCCGAAACGAUGCGCUUAACGUCAACCCUGACACCGUCAAUGGUCAAAGCAGUGAUAUCAACCUGACUACUCGUGGCUCAGAUUGGUACUGGGCUGUCUGUGCCGUGAUGACGGUUGCUACGAUCGCUUUCAUUGGGACUGCUUGGACCAAGCCUCGGACUGAUCGGAUCUUUCACUACAUCACGGGAGGCAUCACCAUGAUUGCUGCUAUUUCUUACUUCUCAAUGGCUUCCAAUUUGGGUUGGACUCCUAUCGCUGUUCAGUUCCGGCGCAGCGAUCAUAGAGUGGCUGGUGUCUAUCGUGAAAUCUUCCAUGUGCGAUACAUUGACUGGUUCAUCACCACUCCUCUUCUUCUCAUGGAUUUACUACUUACGGCUGGUAUGCCAUGGCCUACUGUGCUGUGGGUUAUACUUGUUGACUGGGUCAUGAUUGUUACUGGCCUUGUGGGCGCCCUUGUCAAGAGCUCGUACAAAUGGGGCUACUUCGCUUUCGGUUGUGCUGCACUCGCCUACAUCGUGUACCAGCUUGCAUGGGAAGCUCGCAUCCAUGCCAAUCGCAUUGGAAGUGAUGUCGGCCGCGUCUUUCUCGCUUGCGGCACCAUCACGCUCAUCGUGUGGAUCUGUUACCCAAUCGCAUGGGGCGUUUGCGAAGGUGGCAACAUCAUCGCGCCCGACUCUGAGGCCGUCUUCUAUGGAAUCCUGGAUCUCCUCGCAAAGCCAGUUUUCGGUGCCAUUCUGCUCUGGGGUCACCGCAAUAUCGACCCCGCCCGUCUCGGACUCAGAAUUAGAGACGUUACCGAAGACCCAGUUUAUCCCGAGGGUCCGGGUGCGCAAAAGAGGAGUGUCAAUGAACCGGUUGCUGGAGCAGGGGCAAAUGGCACUCAGAACCCUGCUGAUGUUCCAGUCACCGAUACUACCGCAGCUUGA